CCAUUGAGGGAACACUAGAGUAGCAGUGGUACGACCCUUCCCCACUUUCUUCCCCAUACCAACCACAUGUUACAAUCACUCUCAAUCAUACUCAAAAACUAAUUAUCUCAGAUCUCUUUAUCACUUCAUCUUCUUCAUUUCACGAUUCGUGUUACUAAUGUCAAAGCCUACUCAUAAUUGUUGUCAUCUUAACCUCAAGGAAACCAGGAAACCAGUAAGAUGAAGCUCCUUUAAAUGUGUUUUCAUGUAUAUUAACACACAGUUAAAGCACUAGAAAAUCACGUCGUUAAUGGUGAUUUACGUGGGUGGUACUUCCUAAGCUCUAGCCAACUCUUGUUUCUCUCGCUCGUCCCGUCAUUUCGGGCUUUGUUUGUUUUCUAGCAACUUUGUCACUUUCUGACUUGUUAGUUUCUGCAAUCUAUCAGAUCUCCAUUGUUGUUUUACUGCCCUAGACUACAAUUUUUUCUGAUCCAAGCUUAUAUGACACGAAUUAGGUGGAACAAAUGAGCGAAUUGGGACGUUACAUUCGUAAAUAGUUUCAUAUAACAAGCGGAAACCAAUUCAUUCCAAACAUCGAUAGAACAGAUAAAGCUGAAAUAUGUUGUGUGCUUGUUCGGGAGAGCAAUUUAAGGUAGAAGAGCCAAUUUCUCGGUCACCGGAAUCAUUGGCUACAAGGGAUUUCUCAGCUAGUGGAAUUUCCUCUCGAACUGGCACUGGAGAUUGGGAUUCAAAAUUCGAAGAUGCUCAAGUGGAUGAAGCUGAAUCCACCCUUAAAGAAGCCCUUUCGCUGAACUAUGAGGAAGCCAGAGCUUUGUUGGGUAGACUUGAGUACCAGAGAGGCAAUUUUGAUGCUGCACUUCAAGUUUUCUAUGGAAUCGACAUCAGAAGCUUGUCUCCAAGGAUGAUUAGGGCGAUUAGUGACAGAACCCUGCAACGAAAUUCCAAGGCCAAAAGGGAAAAUAGUGUGGUAGGUGUGAUGUCCCUUCAUUCUGUGAGUCUGCUUCUUGAAGCGAUCCUACUUAAAGCAAAAUCACUGCAAGAGAUGGGCAGAUUUAAAGAAGCUGCAAAGGAGUGCAAGAUGAUUUUGGACAUAGUUGAAUCAGCAUUACCUAACGGAAUCCCUGAUUCCAUAGCUCAAGAUUGCAAAUUACAGGAAAUGUUUCACAAAGCAUUGGAAUUGCUUCCAAAGUUAUGGAUAGAAGCUGGGUUAUUAAAUGAAGCCAUAAUCGCAUACAGAAGGGCACUCGUUAACUCGUGGAAUUUAGACCCACAAAGAUUAUCAACCCUACAAAAAGACUUAGCGUCUAUAUUACUAUACGGAGGUGUAGAAGCAACCCUUCCCCACCCCAAACCAUGGGACCCACCUUACCCUAAAUCCAACACAGAAGAAGCACUGAUUUUGCUUUUUAUACUCAUGAGAAAAGUAUCAUGUAAAGAAAUAAAAUGGGACCCUGAAAUCAUAAGCCAUUUAACUUUCGCAUUAUCAACAUGUGGCCAAUUCGAAUGUUUAGCUGUUCAUAUCGAACAGCUUCUUCCUUCUGCAUAUACAAGAAUCGAAAGAUGGUUUUUUCUUGCUCUUUGCUACAGUGCUGCUGGUAAAAUCGAAUCAGCCAUCAACAUUUUAAAGAAAAUUUCAGGGUCUUUUAAAGAAGAAUCAAAUUCAAAACCCCAUCUCCCUUCUCUUCUUUUGGGAGCAAAAUUAUGUUCUCAAGAUCCUAAAUAUUCCCAUGAAGGUAUAACUUUUGCUAGAAAAGUGAUCAAAUUGGGUGAUGAAAUUGAAAACAGACAUUUUGAAAGUAUCGCUCACAAGUUUCUUGGAGUUUGUUAUGGAAACGCUGCUAGGGUUUCGUUUUCGGAUUCAGAAAGAGUGGUUUACAAUCAAGAAUCUAUCAGCUCCCUGAAUAAAGCUGCUGCUUCAAUUACAUUUAAUGAUGAUCCAGAAGUUUUAUUUAAUUUGGGAUUAGAAAAUGCGAUACAGAGAAACUUGGAAGCUGCAUUUGAAAAGAUUAUGAUGUAUUCUGACAUGAUUUGUGGGAGUUCAGCAAAGGGUUUCAAGUUAUUGGCUUUGAUAGUAUCUGGUGAACAAAGAUUUGAAGAUUCUGAGACGAUUGUUGACAUUGGUUUGGAUGAAACUGGAAGAGUUGACCAAUUGGAAUUGCUUAGACUGAAAGCUGUUCUUCAGAUUGCUCAAGAACAGCCUAAACAAGCCAUAGAAACUUACAAGGUUUUGUUAUCAUUGAUUCAGACACAUGGCGAACUUCAAAAAGUCAACUUGGAUUUUGAGGAAAGUGAGAGGAAAUUGGAAAUGGAAGCUUGGUUGGAUUUAGCAAAUAUUUACACAAAGCUGGAGUCUUUUUCUGAUGCUGAAAUUUGUGUUGGGAAAGCAAAGUUAAAGGAAUUCUACUACCCUCGAACUUGGCAUUCUACAGGUUUGUUGUUUGAAGCUCAAUCUUUACACAAAGAAGCACUUGUUGCGUUCUCAAUUUCACUAUCAAUAGAACCGGAUUAUGUCCCAAGUUUAAUUUCAACAGCAGAAACCCUAAUGAGAAUGGGUGGGAGUGGGAGUGGGACCCACACAGUUCCAAUUGCAAGAAGCUUGUUGAUGAACACAUUGAGGUUAGAACCUACAAACCAUGAAGCCUGGUUUAACCUUGGUUUGAUCUGCAAGAAGGAAGGUUUGAUGCAUCAAGCUGCAGACUUCUUCCAGGCUGCACAUGAGCUCAACUUAUCAGCUCCAGUUCAGAGCUUUGUCUAAUGGAUAAAUAAGUAGAGAUUUUUUGGAGAUUAGAAACCUGAAUUUUGUGAAUAUUCAGAUAAUAUUGUAUAUCCAUUUAUGCAAUUGUAACAACCUUGUUUUCAUCAGGUGGUUUGACUUAAUCUGGUAAGCUAAGCUAUAAGCUAUAUAUAAAUAUGAGACUGUUACUUUUUCCA